AUGGAUCAAGCAAGCAUGGGCCAACGUUGCCUCACCGCGCUGUGUCUCUGAUGACAUGGACAGAUAACGUAUCCUCUCAACCCGCCCAAAACACCCACCUCUCUCUCUCUCUCUACCAAGCCGCUUACUAUGGCUCCCCUCGUGACUCCCCCUUGGCACGCUGCACGCCAAGCUCAACCCAUUGCCUCUCCCAAAGUCCCCCGUCUGACGGCGCCUGGCUCGGCACCCAGCAUCCGAGAGCAAAGCCUCGACUCCAGGAACAAGCUUCGCAGGACGAAUGCUUGUUUCGCCCCCCAUCGCUGAGCUUAAUAAAAGGCUUAUCGAGACCUCAUCCUGCCCUGCCCUGCCCUGCCCCGUGUGUCGUGCGUUUUGCGUCGGUACUGCGUCCCGGGGGGAGAGCUCUUCGCCGUGGCAAGGGCUGCAAGGCAUGGGCAUCUGCCGGGCGUGCAAGUCGCGGGUACAGAUGGACGUGGUUGUCGCGCAUGCGGGCGGCUCUGACACAGCCUCACGGGGGGAUCCACGCCGGACCUUGUGUGUGCGUAUUUUAUUUACCGCUCCGGUGCGUGGUUUUGCAAGGCAAGUCUUGACCAAGUACACGCAUCUCACGAGAAAGGCUUCACACGUGUAUGAGUGUCGGUCUGGUCAGAGCGCCAAGGUACCUACGGAGCACGUACUUACAUGGCCCUACACAGGGCUCCAGCGGGCUGCAGCCAAGGACCAAAAGGCCACCAACGCAGCAGGGCAUCGGGACCACAAAACGAGGCUGUGCAGAGGUAUUCCCAAGGAACAAUUGCGGCGCCCGCCAAGCUGCCAAGCUGCCAAGUUGCCAAGCCAUGGAGCCUUCCUCUGUUGGAGGCUCGGCGCCCUCAGCGCGUAGCGGGUUGUGUGGUCCAGAACGCCAGCGGACAGGCGCCGGGUGAGACAGAGUGGAGCGGCGACGUCUUGGCUCCGUGCCGAUAAGCGAAAUUCGUAGGCUGAAGUCGCCGACGCCAAGGGAGGCGAACGGGGUUCUUGCGGCCAAGAAGUCAUGGCGUGAGGGCCAGCCGUGGAGCUUCCUCCGGACAAAGGACAACGCGCAACGCACCGAACACCGAACCACAUAGUUAUUCAUUCACCCACUGCCAAGAUCAACACUUCUCCAG